AUUCGCAAGACUGGACUGGACUCCGUGAUUGGAAAUGUCAUCGAUCAGCGUCUGAUCCUGAAGAGUGCCCGAUUACAACCUGCAAGUGUCCUCGAGUGCCAUGUUAAAAAGUUCAAAGGUAGCCCUCCACAAAAGGCUGAUUCUUCAAUCUUGAGGUUGUUUUGUGUUGUGAAGACUGGACUUUGA